UCACUUGCUGAAGUUUUAAAUCUUUUAAAGACGUUUCCAUUUAAACACUGCGUGGCCGUUAUUAGAGGUGUGUUCGCGCGCGCGGGAGUGCGUGUGAAGGUAGUAGCAGAUCUCCAGUCAGUCUGUCAGACGCGCGCUGUAGGGCUGCAGUCAGUGUGAGAUGAAGAUGAGGAGGAUGAAGCGCUCGCGGUCCGCCCACGCAGGAGCAUCCCUGGCUCGCAUCUAACCGUCGCGCGGAAUUGAAUAUCGCAUUUGUUUUCCGAUGGAGUAACGGGAUGAAUGUCGCGAGUGAUCGCUCGCACUUCGGCGACAUGACGAGCCCACCGCGGAGCGAACGAUGAGCGCCGGCGGGAAUCUGCGCGUUACCCUGGAAACGGCAGCGGAGCGGCGGAGACUCGAGCGAGCGCGGGCCGAGCAGAGUGCAGCGACAGCCGGACUGAAGACAGAGGAGCAGCCGCCGCAGGACGCGGAGCGGCACACAGCAGCGCUCUGACCGUGCGCCGAGAUAUUAAUUAAAGCGGGAAGAAUCUGCAGUUUCUGAUCAGCCAGUGAUGAAGAGCACCGCACAUGACCGCAUCACUGGCUCGCGCGAGGACACAGUGAUCUGACAGUUUGACAGAACUGAUCUGAGGCCAGAGAGAAUGACACGCGCUGAACAUCUCGACGCUAGUCACUGGACAGAGACGCGCUGAGGCCCACCGCCUCCGGUCUCUCCCUCCGAGCACGCUCGUGCUCGCAGGAAGAGCUUUGCCUCGUCGCGGCAGAGAAGCAUGGAAGCUCCGCCCACUGCCCCUACACAGCCAUUCAGACAACCUAGUUUUCUAAGUCGCCGUCUGAAAGGAUCGAUCAAACGAGCAAAGAGCCAACCCAAACUCGACCGCACAGGAAGCUUUCGCCACAUGAUCCUCCCACGAUUCCGCAGCGCAGACCAGGAGAGGACGCGUCUCAUGCAGAGCUUCAAGGAGUCUCACUCUCACGAGUCCCUGCUGUCCCCCAGCAGCGCGGCCGAAGCCCUGGACCUCACGCUGGACGAGGACGCCCUCAUCAAACCCGUCCACUCCAGCAUCCUCGGCCAGGAGUACUGCUUCGAGGUGACCACUGCGUCGGGCACCAAGUGUUUCGCGUGCCGCUCCGCUGCUGAGAGAGACAAGUGGAUCGAGAACCUGCAGAGAGCCAUCAAACCCAACAAGGAUAACAGUCGUCGUGUUGAUAACGUGCUGAAGCUAUGGAUCAUCGAGGCCCGGGACCUUCCUCCGAAGAAGCGCUAUUACUGCGAGCUGUGUCUGGACGACAUGCUGUACGCACGCACCACCAGCAAGCCUCGCACAGACACCGUGUUCUGGGGCGAACACUUCGAGUUCAACAACCUGCCGGCCAUCCGCAGCCUCAGACUGCACCUGUACAAGGAGACGGACAAGAAGAGACGCAAGGAGAAGAGCACGUACCUGGGGCUGGUCAGCAUCCCCAUCUCCAGUAUAACGGGCCGUCACUUCGUGGAGCAGUGGUAUCCGGUCAUCCAGCCCAGUGUCCUGGCCAAGGGCAGCGGUGUGGGCGGCGGGAAGAUCAUCAACGCCUCGCUGCGCCUCAAGAGCCGCUACCAGACCAUGAGCAUCCUGCCCAUGGAGCUGUACAAGGAGUUCGCCGAGUACGUGACCAACAACUACCGCACGCUGUGUGGCGUCCUGGAGCCGCUGCUGAGCGCCAAGAGCAAGGAGGAAGUGGCCUGUGCGCUGGUGCACAUCCUGCAGAGCACCGGCAAGGCCAAGGACUUCCUGUCUGAUAUGGCCAUGUGUGAGGUGGACCGCUUCAUGGAGCGCGAGCAUCUGAUCUUCAGAGAAAACACACUGGCCACCAAAGCCAUCGAGGAGUUCCUGAAGCUGAUCGCACACCGCUAUCUCAGAGACACCAUCGGAGAGUUCAUCCGUGCGCUGUACGAGUCGGAGGAGAACUGUGAGGUGGAUCCGAUGCGGACGCCUCCCUCGGUGCUCUCAGAUCAUCAGGCUAACCUGCGCAUGUGCUGUGAACUAGCGCUCUGCAAGAUCAUCAACUCUCACUGCCUGUUUCCUCGCGAGCUGAAGGAGGUGUUUGCGUCGUGGCGUGUGCGCUGUGCUGAGCGCGGCCGGGAGGACAUCGCUGACCGUCUCAUCAGCUCGUCUCUGUUCCUGCGCUUCCUGUGUCCGGCCAUCAUGUCUCCGUCUCUGUUCAGUCUGACGCAGGAGUAUCCGUCUGAACGCACCUCUCGAACCCUCACGCUCAUCGCCAAGGUGGUGCAGAGCCUGGCCAGCUUCUCCAAGUUCAGUGGGAAGGAGGACUAUAUGGGCUUCAUGAAUGAGUUCCUGGAGAUGGAGUGGGGCUCCAUGCAGCAGUUCCUGUACGAGAUCUCUAAUCUGGAGUGUGUGAGUAACGCCGGGGCGUUCGAGGGCUACAUAGACCUGGGCCGCGAGCUCUCCAUCCUGCACAGUCUGCUGUGGGAGGUCAUGGCCCAGCUGAGCAAGGAUGCCAUCCUGAAGCUGGGACCCUUGCCGCGGUUACUGAAUGACAUCAGUGUGGCGCUGAGGAACCCGCAGCUGCACCGUCAGGCCAGUCACCAGCCGCCCGAGCGUCACAUGACCCGCCCGCCCUUCAGCCGCCUCGCCACCAACGACUUCCAGAGCCUCAUGAUGAGAGACCUCAACAGCUCCAUAGAUAUCUCUCGUCUGCCAUCUCCCACGUCUGGUCUCUCCGGCAGCGGUGUUCUCUCUCACCCUGGAAUGGCUGCGUUCUCAGAACGAGAUUCCCGUGGAAACAAAGACGUGUUCUACGUGACCCGCCCACCUCUCGCACGCUCAAGCCCCGCCUACUGCACCAGCAGCUCUGACAUCACCGAACCAGACCCCAAGGUGCUCAGUGUGAACAAGAGUGUUUCUAUGAUGGACCUGCAGGACUCUCGCAUCAACAGCGUGUCCAACCUGCACUCGGUCAACGACCUGCUCAACUCGUCUCAGGGGUCUCUGGCCGGCUUCGGUCCGCUGGGUGGCGCCCCCCUCAGGGCCGGAGGGCGUGUUUCAGCCGGGUCGGGCGGCUCCAGUAUGUCGGGAGGUUUGCGUCUGAGUCACUCGGGCGGCCUGACGAAUGAUUCUCUGUCCCAGCAGCAGCAGCAGCAGGCGGCCGCGAUGCACGUGGCUCUGUCCUUCCAGAACCCUCUGUUCCACCUGGCGUCCGACGGGCCGCAGUACCACACGCCCCCCCACGGCCCCGCCGCACCCCCGCCGCUGCUGCUGGCGCCCGAGCCGGAGAACGGACACGUGGGAUUCGGCGUGCCGUCGUUCGGUCACAGCGGCUUCUCUCGCAGCGAGGACCUGUCGGCUCUGAGGACGCAGAACAGUCUGGUGCAGCCCAACAUCGUGCACUCGCACAGCUACAGCGACGACUACACCCGCCACAACCAGGCCGACUACGCCCGCAGACAGCUCUCGCUGCAGAUGCAGGAGAAUCUCCAGCAGCAGGUUCUGAUGGGCAUGGCUCCACAGACAGCCACAGGCACCGGCACGCCCGCUUCUCUGGCCACGCCCCCCACCACCAUCCAUCCUGUCCGUCAGGCCUCCAUGGCUCCGCCUCCUCCUCAGCGCAUGAAGCCUCAGCCCUCCCACCAGCUGUCUGUCAGCUCGGCCGCCAACUCCACGCCCCCCAAGACACGCCCCCAGAGCGGGAACCUCCUCCAGUCGCCCGACUCCAGUUUCGGCGGGAGGCAGUUGUCAAGGCAACAGCUGUCGAUGAAGGAUAGCCCCGCCCCCGGCCUGCCACAUCAGUCCAGCACGACCUCGGAGAGCCCCGCCCCUCAAGGCGGAGCCAAUGAGAGCACAGAAAACACACCGAGCAACCAACCAGCAAAACCUGCACAGCAGAGCAACCAACAGCAGCUGCUCAAACCAACCGUGAACAAACAGGGCUCGAAGUCUCCGUCCACUCUCAAUCCUCCCUCAGCAGCGUCCGAGCGUACGGUGGCCUGGGUGUCCAACAUGCCACACCUGUCUGCGGACAUCGAGAGUCUGCGUGUGGACCGCGAGGACUUCAAACUGAAGGAGCACUCCAAGAGCAUGGACGAGUCCCGUCUGGACCGGGUGCGUGAGUACGAGGAGGAGAUCCACUCUCUGAAGGAGCGUCUGAUGAUGUCUCAUCGUAAGCUGGAGGAGUACGAGCGGCGGCUGCAUUCCCAGGAGCAGCAGACCAGUAAGAUCCUGCUGCAGUACCAGAGCCGGCUGGACGACAGCGAGAGACGCCUGCGCCAGCAGCAGAUGGAGAAGGACUCGCAGAUCAAGGGCAUCAUCAACAGGUUGAUGGUGGUAGAGGAUGAGCUGAGGGGAAGUGGAAUGCCUGACCUCAAAACCAGAAUAUUCACAGAACAGCCGAUUUAUGGCGCCCACUCUGGAACAUGAUUGGCCCGGGCAGGACUAGCGGACCUGUGAUUGGUUGAACCCCAACCCAGGAGUGUCUGAUGAUUGGCUGAGAGAGAAGAGAGAGGCGGAGCCUGAACAUGACGACCAACUCCAACUUCAGGACAUCUACACACUCUCUCUCUCUCUCUCUCUCUUUCUCUCUCACACACGCUGAGUUUAUAUAUGUAUAUAAGUGAUAUAUAACUAUAUAUUCCUCAGGUGUGUCUCUCUCUCUCUCUCUCCUGCUGUCUUUCUCUCUUUCUUCUGAAUUUUUUGAGCCAAAUGGACGACAAUCAGCAUCUUGAGGCCGAAACAAUCACACCGAUAGCACAAAGAAAAUCAACGCAGACAGACGGACGGAGAGAGAGAGACUUUAUUCACUCUCGUUCUUUUCCCAUCAUCCCCUGCCUCUCUUUCUCUCUCUUUACUGCAGGAGUGUGUGUGUGUGUGUGUGUGUGUGUGUGUGUUGUGUGUGUGUGUGGUUUUGAUCAGUUGCAGCCUCAACUUCCUAAUAAUGACUCAAUAACAAAUCUUUUUCAAAUUAUGUUUUGAGGGGCUUGAUUCUUUCUGAGCCAAUCAGACGUCAGCGUGCCGCUCAGAACCCCGCCCCUUCCUGUCCCGAGCGGGGGGCGGGCUCUCCUCUCCGUGCCUAAAGAGCUCCAUCGAGAACAACAGGGCAAAAACAGACUUGACGAGUGAGUCGGACACUCGGUUCGUCCCAUGAUCACAUGUUUGCUCAUCUCUGACAGAGGGUCAUGUGACUCGCUCGCUCCGCAGAAGAAGGGAAGAGCGACUGGUGCUUGGUUCGUGGAGAGCGAGCGGACGUGUGUGUUUGUGCCAAACGCUCAUUUAGACGCAUCCAUCUCUCUUCAGACCCUAGUGAGUCGCCCAUCAGACGGCCGCUCCAGCGCUACACACUUCCCACAAUGCAGUGCGACAGUGCUUUAAAAUGGACUGAAAAAUCUUAAUGUUUUUUUUUUCUUCGAUUUGAAUAUAUUAGUAUUGUACAAUAGAAUGUACUUAAUUAAGCACUUAAUAAUAAUUACAACUUUACUUUUUAAGGUAGUAUUUGAUUUUCUGUUCGAAGCACUUUGCUUACCAAACCAAAUAAAAGGAAUUGUUAAUUAACAUUUAAUUACUUUUUAAAAGAUUCAUCAAAUUUAAUUGUUUUUGAUAGUUAAUUUGUAUUCAAUCCUAAACACAGAAUUACAGGACAUUUCGUAAAGCAUUAUUAUUAAAGUUUUAUUAAUUCAGUUUGAUUAGACGUCAUGACUAUUACAAUUUUAUUAAAUCUUUUAAAGUAUUUCGAAUCCAGAACAGAAAUACGAAAAUUGGAAAUAAUUUAAGAAAAAACUUUUAUUUAUUUUUUUUACUUUUAAUAAAUUGUCUAAGUUUCUUGAUUUCAGUUAAUUAGACAUGGACUGAGGCCCUAUUUAUUGUGAAAAUUAAAGUUUUAUGAUUCAAAUCAUUAGAUUUGCGUUUUAACCAUUUAAACAGAUUUUAUGAAAGUUAAACUGAUGUCAUUGGGCCCUAAAAAUACAUAUUGCUCAACUUUUAAUAAAUUAUCAAAAAAUGUAAUUUAAUCUUCAAAAUGGAAUACAGAAUUUUUAUAAAAUUAAACUGAAUUUGGGGAAAAUGAAACCGACUGUAUAGGGCCCUUACAUUAAUUAGUUAGGCUUCAUUUAUCAGAUGAAUUUAGUAAUUUAAGCGAUAAUGUGUUGAUUUGUGCUGUUGGGUUUUUUGUGCAGUUCUCACAGGAGCUGUCUCAUUUUAUAUUAUUAUUAUUAUUAUAUUUUUAUCCAAGUUAGCAUGACAUGUUGACAGAAAUUCCAUAAUGGUGCUUCCCUACAAACGUCUAUUAUUAAUAUUUUUCAUAAAAUAGUUAGAGUGGACUAUUUGAUCUGAUAUUUGGUGUGAUUUUCUGCUUAUUUGGACGUCAGUGCGGCUCACUGGGUUGGAGAACAGCGCUUGUGCUCGCCUCACACACACACACACACACACACACUCGAGCGCUGAGGUCAGCUGCUGAUUUCUGUACAUAGAGUCCAGAUUUAAAGUUGGAAAGUUUCUCUCAUUUUAAGUGGGUUGAGUUUUUCUCUUUUCUUGGUGUUCGGUGGAUGAUACUCAUAUACUCCAGCAGCUGCUCGCUGGGGCUUUAGUCGAUUACUUUAGUCUUUACUCACUUUUUCUGUUACAAGUAUUACUUUCGUCUGCAUUUCAGGUACUUCUAGUUCUAAUGAUAAUGAUACAGUGUUUCUGUGCCUACAGUUCCCAUACUGAGCUCUGAUUGGCUGAACACGAGCGGUCACAUUUACACACGUUGCCAUACAGACGUCGAUUCGGAGACGGAGCGCGCUAUACGUUAGCUAAUGGACCGGUUCUGUUUCGAUACGUCAUCUCUCACCACUUCUGGCGCGGUGUUGCGCUCACAUCAGCUAGCGUUUGUGUGUAGGGUCAGUAAUGCUACGACAGAUCGCGAUCGCGUGUAGCACGCUAGCUGAGUUUCUGUCUUCAUGAAGAAGCGAACGGUCCUCGCCGCGGGACCCAGCCGCCAAUUUAGCCAUAGACACGGACAAGCCAUAGCAUUGACCUUUGACCCUCCGGCCCGGUUCAGGAGCGUAGGAUGUAUAUAUUUAUAUAUGUACUCAUGGAAAUAUCCUCGAAUGCGCGAGAGAUCUGUUGAUUCUAGAGUGGAGCAUCUCUGAAUAUGGAGUGAUGUUUUGAAUGUUCAUAUUAUUAUUAUUAUAAAGAUAUUAUAUUCAAAUAUGAUUAUUAUUAUUAUUGUAAUUAUGAAUUUGAUUUUAUUGACAAUGAUUGAUAAACAGAAAUGUCUUUCUUUUUGUGAAUAUGGAGAAGUUUACAUUUUUCUGGGGAAAUAUUACAAGACUUUAAAUAUUUCAACAAACAAAUAAAUAAAUAUAUACAUGCUUAACAGGAGAUGUGCUUUAUUUCGAUCCGUUCAGAAUCUGUUGUCUUGUCAAUAAUGUGUAAACCUUUGGAGGUCAAGGGUCAGGUUCCUGGUACUGUUCUGAAGGGCCACACAUAUUGCAGCAUCAGACCGUUUCGUGCUUAUUUUUCUCUGCUCUCUUUGAUGGUGUAUUAAAGUGGAUAUGAGGAUUUCAUACGAGGACAACUGCUCUAAUGAAAUCCCAAUAUUGGACCGUUUUUAUUUUGUCAUUCUUUGUUUAUGGACUCUUGAACUUGACAUAUUUGACAAUACACCGAGGUGCUUAUUGCACCAUCAGCUAAACUUGUGGUGAUUUUUCUCCAAUCCUUUUAAAAGUGCAUUAAAGUAGACAUAAGGAUUUCCUACAAGGGCAACUGCUCUUAUGAAAUCCCAACUUUGGGAAGUUUUUGCGUUACUCUUCUUUUUUUAUGAACUCUU